UUGUAUUUUGUUUCAGUUCUUCCUGCUGGCUGUUCGGUGGAGGAAAUCAAGAUCCCAGUUCCGUGGGGUCACGUCGCUGGUCGCUGGUGGGGCCCUCGUACCAAGCAACCCCUUAUAGCUAUACAUGGAUGGCAAGAUAAUGCUGGUACAUGGGACAAUUUGAUACCACUCCUACCACCUAACACUUCCGUGCUAUGUCUGGAUCUGCCAGGCCAUGGCUUAUCAUCCCAUUAUCCUACGGGGAUGCUCUAUUACAUUUUCUGGGACGGCAUAGUCCUUUUACGGCGGAUAGUUAGACAUUUUAAGUGGAGUAAAAUUUCACUCAUGGGCCAUUCGUUGGGAGGUGCUUUGAGUUUCAUGUACGCGGCCUCGUUUCCUGAUGACGUUGAGAAAAUCAUUUGCAUUGAUAUAGCCAGUCCGGCUGUCCGAGCACCAGAACACAUGGUGAAUUCUACAGGCCAUGCGGUAGAUAAGAAUCUUGAUUACGAAAAUUUGUCUGAAGACAAAAUACCGUGUUACGAUUAUGAGGAGAUGAUAGAUAUAGUAUGUGACGCUUAUAAAGGAUCUGUGUCGAGGGAGAAUUGUAAAGUACUAAUGAAGAGAGGUAUGGCCCCUACUCCUUCACAUAUGAAGAAGAAGGGUUACCACUUCAAGAGAGACCCGAGGUUAAAAGUAUCCGGUCUAGCGAUGAUGUCGUUGGAGACAGCCCUGGAAUACGCUGGCAAAGUCACUUGUAAGGUUUUGAAUAUACGAGCAAUACCGGGACAGAAGUGGGAACGUUUAGAUUAUUACAUGGAGGUUGUGAACAGAUUAAAAAAGAACGCUCAAGUGACAUACGUAGAAGUAGAAGGCACGCAUCACGUACAAUUGAACUCACCAGAAAAUAUAAUUAAUAUUAUAGAAAGUUUCCUAGACAUAUAUUAA